AUGGGCUCGCCGAGCAGAUGGGACGCCGACUCGGCAUUUGCGAGCCUGCUGGACGAGGACGGCAUUCAGAUGUAUCACCUGCAGGAUGGCAUGCAGACGUACCAUGUGCAGUACGUGCAGGUUGACCCGGAGGCGGACGAGGAUGACGAGGGGCAGCAGGCUCCGCCGUACCCUCAUCGACAUCGGUCGAGCACGGGAUCAGGGGUGAUGCAUCAGCGGCAUCCAUUCCCGCACUCGCUGUCCAGUCCACAGAUCUUGACACCGCCGGCAUCGCCUGCGCAUGUGCGCGUGACGAUUCUCCCGCCUGUGCGGCAUGCGCGACACCAUCUCGAGACGGUUGACGCGCAUAUCUUCCUGUCAGGCUCGGCGGGCUCGCUGAGCACGACGGUCGCGUUUCUGUACGUGCUCUGGAGCUUUCCACGGUUCAUACGGCAUGUCAAGUCCGAGGGCGCGAGUCCGACGGUCGUCGUGCAUCUGUGCACGUUCUAUCAGUCGAACCUCGCGCGCGUCGUGUCUCGCUUCUCGUCCCCUCUCAUCCUCCCUCUGUAUUGUUCACAUUCAACCUCAUAA